GGUGUAAAACCCAGAUUACAAUAGAAACAUCAUUACAUAAUUAGAAUGAAUAAUGAAAUAUAAAUGGAAAUUUACAAAACAGUUAAAACAGGAUAAAAGACCAAAUAAGAUAAAUAGAAAUCUAAGCAUUCAUACAUUCAUAGUUUAAAAAAAAGAAAGAAAAGAAAAUACAAACUUGUUGAAAAUAGUCAAAUAAGAAAAGCUAAAAUCGAGUAAAUAGAAAGUUCCAGUAAAAUUCAGGUAGCAACUGACUAACCAAUCACGUGGCUAGCCAGCUAUUGCAUCAGCCAAUAGAAUUUAGCACUUUCUGCUGCUCGCUACGCAGCUUUCACUUGCCUUCAGAUGCGCUGAGACGCUGACGAGGAAGCACUUGCCGUGAAGAGCAAACUAGGAUGCACUAGCAGCCGUUACUUGAAAAACAAUUACUCCAAGUUCGGUAAGCGGAUAAAAUUUUCAUGUUUAGGUACUGUUGCUGUGUAAUAGUGACAAGUUAUUUGUUACGCUGUAGAGAUACAGAGGUCCGAAGACCGUGAUUUGCCGUUACCCUUGGGAAACCCCGUGUAAACCAAGCUGACUUUUCUUGGUCAGGUUUUUUAUUUUGGAUUGAUUCACCUCGGUGAAUUGAAGAUACUUGUUCCAGUUCUGGAUGGCGAGCCCCAGCCCAACCGAACCAUCAAGCCGGUGAUUAACUGGUCUGUCACUCACCUGAACUCGACUUCAACCCAAGAUCUGACUGACAAGGAUUUCAUGAACAUUUGUCAAGCUGACUGACUGACUGAACAAACACAGACUGGUGACAUUUCAUUUUACUAUUUUAUUUUAUUUCAUUUUAUUUUAUUUCACAAAGCGCUUUGUUAUAUAUUAAGUGGGUUAUAAAUGCUGGUAAUAAACCAUUGUUAUAUUUACCUUGCUUUUCCAUGUUGUCACUCCACCACUUGCUCCUCAGAGUCUAGAAUCUUUUGAUCUGGUCCACUCGGUGUUAAACCACAAAGAUUUUCAUGUGAACCACCUCUAGUAAAAUCUACGUAAGGUUACAUAAGCUGGCAGAGCCAGCCAGGAGCAUAAGGUUGUGAGACAACAUUAAACAUCUUUGAAUAAUUUUCACCCAUAGUCAGUAUGGAGUUUGUUGAGGAGAAUGGUGUUAAAGUACCAAAUGCUGUAGUUGUUAGUGGUGUUACCGGUACGGAAAGAGACAAAGAAGUUUACGAAUUUCUGGAACAACAUGGCUCUAUUUACAGAACACUCACCAUUAAUGAUAGCUCAUCUGAACUUUACGGAAGUCAAGUCGUGGAAUUUGAGUCUGGUGUAGCAGUUAAAUCGUUAGCACCGGAAUUGCCGUACCUCUUGUCCACGGAUGAUCCACGAGUCAGGUAUCACAUACAAGCUCUAAACGACGUGUACACUAGAACCAUAGGAGGCAGUUUUACUGAAACUUACCUCAAUGAUCUGAAAGGCUUAGCUAAGCUGAGUGGAAAAGACUUUGAAGAAGUCUUGAAAGAAGUUAUGUCCACCAUAGGAAAAUCUAUUGAGUCCACAUUGACAACAGAAACUGAUCUUGAAAAUAGGACCUUAGAUCAAAUUAAUGUAAUGGCUGAACCCAACAUAGUAGCUGAACCCAGUCAGAGUGGAGUUUCACCUUUACACCAAACUAGAGUGUUUAGUUCACCUAAACCUAUGAAGACAAUCUUACAAAGCCCUCCUAAACCACACAUUAUCCCACCAACAUUUACUGCAACAGAUAUUAAUCCCCCAGAGAUUCAGAAAAUUGUAGUUGAACAUGUGGUGAAAAAUGUGGAAAAAAUUUCCUCUACUCAUGCAGCUUUAAGAAUACGAGCUUUUUCUGGCAAAACUCCUAGACCCUACAGUGAGGCAGAUUAUGAAACGUGGCGUUCUCAUGUUAGUCUAAUGAUUGACGAUUCUUCUCUGUCUCAGCUAGACAAGACACGUAAAAUACUUGAAAGCCUUCUCUCUCCUGCGUCUGAUGUAAUCCGCCCUCUCGGACCAGAAGCCACGCCGGCUGACUACAUUGAGCUUUUGGACUCGGCUUUCGGCGCUGUUGAAGAUGGUGAGGAAUUACUUGUCCGGUUCAUGAAUACACUCCAAGAUCAUGGAGAAAAACCAUCCACAUAUCUCCACCGUCUGCAGGUGGCACUUAAUCUCGCAGUACGUAGAGGUGGUCUUGAGCCCCAGGAAGUGAACAAACAGCUUCUAAAACAGUUUAACAGGGGUUGUUGGGAUGACACCCUAUUAACAGAACUGCAGCUAGAACUGAAAAAUAAAGAUCCCCCUACCUAUGCAGAGUUAUUGCUUUUUCUUCGCACGGCAGAAAACAGACAAGAGGUUAAAAGCUCACGAAUGAAGAGACACUUUAGUACCACAAAACCAAAAGCAGUUUCCCAUGAACAGACCGUCAUCGACGCAAAUAUAAGCGUAGCAGCAGAGUCAAGCUGCCUAAGAGAGCUGAAAAAGCAAGUUGCUGACCUGAAGAGCCAAUUAACCGCAGUUAUGAAGCAAAAGAAGUCAGCAACCCCAAAAAAGACAAAAGGUCCUGAAAUUAAAAAACCUGACCAUGUUAAACCCGAAUAUUUUCCCUCAACAAGCCGCCAAAGUACCAGACCCAAGCCAUGGUACUGCUUCAGAUGUGGGGAGGACGGACAUAUUGUAGCGACCUGUGAGUCAGAGCCAAAUGCAGCUUUGGUAGAAGCAAAACGAAAAGAACUGAAAGCUAGAAGACAGAUAUGGGACAGUCAGAAUGACCCACCUCCUUUAAACUAGAAUCCGCCCCUGUUGUGGGACAAACAGAGGCUGAUCCAGAAUUCACAGGUCCCAUCAAACCAAAACGAAAUACUCCAUCAAAAAAAUGUGCCAAAAUGAAGUCACAUUUAAGAACAGACUCUUUCAGCCUUCCCUGUGGGCUGAUUGGCACAAAAAGUACAGCUGAACUUAGAGUUAACGGUCAUACAGUUAACUGUCUGUUAGACACUGGGUCCCAGGUGACUACUGUCCCUGAAUCUUACUACCGACAGCAUCUGUCGAAUUACCCAAUUAAGUCACUUCACGACUUGCUAGAAGUCGAAGGAGCCAAUGGCCAACGUGUACCUUACCUAGGAUACGUUGAGAUGCAUAUCACUUUCCCAAAAGAUUUCCUGGGCCUCGAAGCCGAAGUGCCGACACUCGGUUUAGUUGUCCCUGAUGUGCGUGCAGCUGCCCAGUCCCUAGUUCUUAUAGGCACAAACACGUUGGACGUGCUAUAUGAGCUACACCGUGAUGCCUUUUCUGAACUGCCACCAACAAUGCUACCUGGUUACAGGGCAGUGUUGAACGCUCUUGAGUUACGACACAGACAGUCACAAAACCGUAACCUUGGUUUAGUGACAAUGCAUAACAGAAAGCCACAGUUGGUCCCUGCAGGUAAAACUGUAGUGGUCGAUGGCACUGUGGCAAUUUCGGCCAAUAACAGUGAGAAGUCUGUCCUAUUGGAGUACCCAUCAAUGUCAGCCUUACCUGGUGGUAUACUUGUUAAACCUUGUUUAAUAGACUUACCUGAAAGAGCACCUUACCUUGUUCCUGU